AUGGACCUCCAUCGGACAGCCUUUAAGAUGGAGAACUCCUCCUACAUGCCCAGCCCGCUGACCUCCCCUGCCCUCAUGGUCCUGGCAUCAACAGCCGAGGCUGGACGAAAUGCCUCUGUACCCUGCCAACCCCCUCGGCCGUUUGGAGUGCCGGUAACUUUGGAAAAGGACAUGCACCUCCCGUUCCCCAGUGGCUCAUACUCCUUCGCCUCCAUGUAUCAUCGGCCAGGAGGCUUUCCUACUCGAGACUUUCCCACCCCUCUACUCCACCUUCACCCACAGUUUGCUCCACCCAAUCUGGACUGCUCACCUCUGGGUAUGCUCAACCACGGAGCGGUGGGGGCCUUCCGGCCAUUCUCCUCUACACCUGAGGAGCGUGAUGCAGGGGCUUACCAGUCUGCCUUCCUCCCUGCCAAGCGCUUGAAGGGCUGUCUGGAACCAGAGGCAUCACCCCACCUCCGCUACACAGAUGUGGAGGGAAAAGAUUUUGACUUUGGGGGUGCUCAUGUCCCUACUGGUUCACCAAACACCCUGAAGAUAGCUGAGGAUGCUGGGAAGAAGCUCUUUGGCUUGUCUGGGCUGUUGGCAGAGGGUUCAUCUGGCCCAGAGGAGCACAAAGAACCAAGUAAAGUGAAGGCCCUGUAUGACACUCAGACGCCCAUGUGUCCAAUCUGUCAUGCUGUGCUGCGGCCAGGAGAGCUGCAAGAACACAUGGAGCAUGAAAUGGAGCGUCUAAUGCAGCUGCACAAUAGUCAGGGUCCCGCUCAAAAGGAGUGUCUCGCUGCUGGUCCGCCUAAGUCUCUGUUCUCAAUGCAUAUAAAGAGAGAGGAUUCCUCCUCUGCCUCCUCUCCACGUCCCGCUGACGAGGCUGUGCACUCUGACAGGUAUCAGGUGGAAUCAAACAAAAUUGGUGGAUCCAUUCCUAAACUACGUGUCAAUCAAAAGAUUGAGACAGACCUCACACGUAUUGGGAAACUUAAAAGACGGAAAGCAGGGGAAGACCAGAGAGUGUGUGUUGUUGAAGAUGGCUCUGUGCUGUCAGCCGGGAGGGAGUUUGAAUGGGCCGAACAGAGAAGAAUACAGAUGGUUUCUGUUCUCAGAGGCUUCAGAGGUUUGGUGAGCAGCACAUUGAAAGAACAUCAGGACAGUGAUGCAGAUCUGGAUGUGGACGGUGAUGAUUUGGAAUAUGGAAAAGCACAAUACACAGAGGCGGAUGUGAUUCCAUGUUCAGGAAAUGAACCCAGAAAUGCAGAGGAGAGGCAGGCGUUAAGAGGAGCUGUUUUAAAUGGUGACACAACUAGCAGGUUAUCUCCAGAGCAAACCAAGUUGGCAAACUCAGAAACUCCUACUACAAGCAAUGGAGAGUUUGACAACAAUAGAAGCACAACAUCUCCAAGAAUCUGUAAGAACAGCGAGUUAGAGAUCUUACAAGAUAACCCCUCCCUCACUACACUGGAGGCCCUGAAAACACGGAUCAGAGAUCUGGAGAAGCAGCUCACACGAGGGGACAGAUUCAAGUGUCUCAUCUGCAUGGACUCCUACACAGUACCACUGACCUCCAUCCAGUGCUGGCAUGUCCACUGUGAGGAAUGCUGGCUUCACACCCUGGGAGCCAAGAAACUGUGUCCACAGUGCAACACUAUCACCUCACCCGGGGACCUGAGACGAGUGUAUUUGUGAAGAGUUACAGCUGUCCUGUCAUCUGCCUGUUUGCACUCUACACAAACGGAUCACUUUUACUGAGGAGAAUCUUUCUGGGGUGAUGCAAAACUUCGAGGACGUCUUGCCCAACAGAGUCAUUGCCCAAAAGUUCCUGUCGGAAUGCAGCCCAGUUACAUGAAGCACACUGUGUUCAUUUCUUAAUGAAAUGGUAAAGUUUUAAUGUACAAAUCUGCCGUAACAGUAUUGUAAGGACAGUAAAACUGAUCGCAAAAUGUUGUUUCUAUGGAUAAAACCUUGUUUUAUCAA